UUUCAGACAAACCACCGAUCUACAAAAACGUGAUCUAUGAAAUGAGAAAACUAAAGGAAAGUUCUUCAGGAAAAGUGGAUUUCGUGAGGCAAUUUUUCAACAUGGUUUUCAGUUCCUUUAUUUGGACGAUAUUUUUAUUAUUUACCCUUGGCGUCCCACUUUCCAUGAUCAUUAUCGGAGCUAAAUAUAUUAAUGACUGUCCGCUUGAGACACACAUUCCUGUGAUGCUCAUCGUUAGUGGAUCAUUGUUGGUGGUAAGCAAUCUGAUGAUUGUUCUAGACAGAUUAAAAAGAAUCAGCGAUCCAGUUCAGCCAACAGGGGUCACUGUCGUCGGGAGCGUCACAACUUUGCUGAAUUUCUUGGCAUUUGGAUGGUUUAUUGCAGGCUGCGUCUGGGUAUUCGGAAGUAAUAAGCCAUCUUUUGAUCCAAAUAAACCAAACAUCUUCUGUCAUCCAGUGCUUUACAAUUUUGCCUAUUGGUUGUUGAACGUGGGAUUCAUGUGUAUGGGGGGUAUCAUAAUUGUCGGGAUCAUAGGAUUAUGCUGCAACCUCCUGUUAUAGCGUUUUCAUUCCAGCCUCCAACUUUCCAUUUUAAAGUAACUUUACGACAUCAUUUUCAAAUGUUCUAGGAUAACACGGUUUGGGUUAUGUUUGUCUUACAUACCGUGAAAAACUGGUGGUAAAUUGUUUAGAAAAAUCUUGACAUUAAAAUAAAAAUGUGAAUGUAA